AUGGCGAGCAGCCUUAGCGCGCAAGCGCUCGAGUCCUUGACCUUUGGUCGCAUCACGGCCACGAUCUUCAUCUUCCUCGUCGUGUCGUUCCUCGUCGACUUCAGCCAGAAGCCCAGAUAUCCGAAGUCACUACCCAAGGUGGGAUACGGCGAUGGCCUCGUCGCAACACUGCGAAACUGGGUGGCAUACAUAUCCAGCUUCAAUGACUGGGCGACGGAGGGGUACAAAAAGUACUCGAAACAGAACCGCGCCUUCGUGGUGCCCUGCGCGCCGAGUCGCCCACAAGAGAUUGUCGUGCCCCGCUCCCAGACGAUGUGGAUGCUCGACCAGCCAGAGAAGAUACUGUCGACACACGAGGCGCACGACGAUGUCCUUUACAGCGAGUACAACUUCCUGGGCAAGGAUUAUGGCGAGGACCAGUAUGGUAUCCACGUAAUACACAAGAGUUUGGCGCGGAACCUGCCUGGAAUGAUCACGAGCAUACAGGAGGAGGUCCACGAUGCGGUCGAUGACGCCUUCGGCAAGGACACGGAGUGGAGGAAGAUCAAUCUGUGGGAGUGCUGGCUGGGAAUCGUUCCAAAAGUGACGAAUCGCAUGUUGGUAGGGAAGCCCAUAUGUCGAGACGAAACAUUCUUGAAGAGCAUGGUGGGCUUUGCGGACGCAGUCGUCAUGAACAGCUUCGUCCUCAACAUGUUUCCCAAGGUUCUCCAGCCGAUUAUAGGGCGCUUGUGCAUGAUACCGAAUUGGCGGCUUUGGAACCGGUCGCUGAAAGUCGUGGAGCCGACUUUCCAGAAGAGGCUGGACGACAUGGCGCGGAAGCUGGCAGGAGACCCAGAAUAUGAAAAUUGGAGUCCGCCGGAAGACUUCGUGACCUGGAUGAUCAGACUGGCUACAGCCGAGGGACGAUACGGCGAACUGAACCCUGCCUCGAUAUCAAAACGCUUACUACCGGUGGAGUUCGCCGCCAUUCACACAACCGUGAUUACGGGCCACAACAUUAUACUUGAUCUUCUGGCAUCUGAUCCAAAAGAGGAUUAUCUUGGGCGCAUAAGAGAAGAGACAAACCGAGUACAGCAAGAAGACGGCGGUAAUUGGACGAUCAAUGGGCUUAGACGGCUCUAUCGAACCGAUAGCGCAAUUCGUGAGAGUCAGCGAUUCAGCCACUUCGCAACGUCCCUGAUCAGGAGAAAGGUCAUAGCAAAGGGUGGUCUCACAAACCCGACAGAGGGCUGGCACGCUCCAUAUGGGUCAUUCCUCAUUUUGGACCUGGCGAAUGUUCAGCAUGAUGAGGAUUUGUAUGAGAAUGCGAAUAACUACGACGCCUUCAGAUAUUCUCGACCAAGGGAAGAAUACGAGACUAGAGCAUCCGAAAGGAGAGAUGCUGAUGAGGCCCUGAAGAUGGCCAAGCUGGGCAUGGUGACUACUAGUGAUGCCCAUCUAGCAUUUGGCCACGGACGACACGCAUGCCCAGGACGCUUUUUCGUUGCACAUGAGCUCAAGAUGAUCCUGGCAUACUUGAGCCAAAACUACGAGUUCAAACCACUGGCAGAGCGACCAAAACCACAGUGGAUUGGCCAAACUAUUAUUCCACCUCUUCAGGCCAUGGUUGAGGUGAGGAGGCGUCCAGGGACUGUGUAA